CGAGCGGCCGCGGCCAUGAGCGCGGCGCUGGCGGUCGCCUGGCAACGGCUGCUCGGAGCGGCCCGGGGGAGCUGCGCUGCUACCCUCUGCCGCGGCUUACACACCGGCCCGAGCAGGCUGCAGGAGCUCACGGGAGCGGCGGCGGCCGCUCAGGAGGCCGAGAAGCAGAGCGUGACCGAGCUGAGCCCUUUGAUCCUGCAGAGGAGCUCCAUGAGGUGGGAUGGAAAGGUCUAUGAAGAGAUCCCAAUAGCUCACAUCAAAGCUACCUACAACAACACCCACAUCCAGGUGGUCAGCUUUGACAACAGGCCCUUUGCCCGCACCUCCUGUGGCACAGAAGGCUUCCAGAAUGCCAAGAAGGGCACUGCCAUCGCGGCACAGACCGCGGCCAUCGCGGCAGCAACGAAAGCACGUGGGAAGGGUGUGCUGCACGUGCGAGUCGUGGUGAAAGGACUGGGACCGGGGCGCAAGGCUGCCAUCAAGGGUUUGACCAUGGGGGGUCUGGAGGUCAUCUCCAUCACUGACAACACCCCGGUGCCACACAACGGCUGCCGCCCGCGGAAGGCCAGGCGGAUGUGAGCGGGGAGGGGAAGCGACACUCAGCUUCCACCAGCAGCUCCUGCCACAGGGACUGGGCUGAACCUCACUCCUGGGAGGGAUUCUGCAAAGCCACCCUCCCUGAAAGCAGCUGUUGAGGGCAGCUUGACAAGACAGAUGAUCCUGGGCCUUAAAGGCCGGGUAGGUGAACUGCCUUCGUGGGAAGCCUCUUCUGUACCAAGGCUGCUGAUUAAAAUGUUGGUCUUUUGAGAGCCA